AUGAAGGAAGCAGCUUAUGCUGAUGAGCUAAAGGCUCUUGAAGAGUUUAAACCACACGCAAUGACUGGUUUGUCAAAGAACCGAGAAAGAGAGGUUGUAAAUGUGGAAGAAGAUCCAUAUGCAGAUAUUGAUCAAGUGAUGUUGAAUGUUGAUGAUUUAGUGUCUGAGCAAGCAGCUAAUGUAGAAGCUGAAAAAGAGAAAGAAGAUGAAGUAGAUGAAACUGAACGUUUAAGAAGAAUUCAGGAAGCGACAGAGAAAGAGAAACAGUUGAAGAAGAGGAAGAGACAGGAGAAAGAUGAUGCUGCUUAUGUCCCAUCACCUGAACACGUUUCUGAAUCUCAAUCACCUUUGAGUGGUAAAAAGAAAGCAGGAGCAAGAAAAAGAAUUGUAUCUCCAAAGAUAAAGAAAGUUACUAAAAAGAUUACAAAACCGAAGAUUGUUCUGAAGAAUAAAUCGGCCAAACAACCAAGUAAACCACCAACACCACCACCACCUGAUCCUACACCACAUCAAUCACCAAUACAAUCACCACCCCAUCAAACACUUCCACGACAACCUUCACCUCCAAAACAACAAACUCCACCCAGACAACCUUCACCAUUACAUCUUUCACCACUACAUAUCUCACCACCACACCAACAAACUUUAUUCACAUCCCAAGAAAUAUUUCAAGCACCACCACUCACUCAAUUCAACUAA